AACCCAAGAUUUUUCUUCACUUUCUUCUCAUUUAGUCGAAAAAUGUCAUCAAACAACCAAGUAAUAGCAGCAUUAGCUACAGAUGGAGCUAUAAGAGUUGGUGUUGCAUUAGCUUAUGUUGCUGUUAAAACAUGGAAAAGCUAUUAUUUUACUUCAAAUGCUCUCCAUAAGAUUCGUCAAGCUCCAGAAGUUGAAAUUGAUAAUGGUGGUACUGGUAAUCUUGUUGUGGUUAGAGGGAUUGUUGAAAUUCAAAGGAGUGUUGAUGGUUGGAGAAGUUUAAAACCCAAUGUGCUGGUCAAGGAUCUGUUUCGUUGCAGAGUACUCAAACGGUUCCUGUUCUGCUUCGCGAUAUUGGUCGUUCAUCAAAAUCAGAUUACCUGUUUGUUAAUAUGGACGGCUCAGAACAUCCUCUACCUCUUGUAACAGUUUAUCAUAAGCUACAACCAGUUCAGCCUUUCCCUUGCACAUUCCUCCAAGCAGUUUCUGGCCAAGUAUAUCCUGUUGGUCUGUUGAAUGAAGAAAAAGUUCUUUCUAUAGGAACACAGAUUAGUGCGGUUGGUGUUUGUCGCUUUAUAGACGGGAUUCCACAAAUGAAAUCAUCACAGGCCCUUCCCUAUUUCUUAACUGAGAUGACCAAGGAUCAGCUGGUGGAGGAUAUGGCGUUUAAGACAACUUGUUUAUUUUGGGGUGGACUUCUUCUAGGAUCACUUUCAGUACUAAGCUAUGCGACCAUGAGGAAUUGGAGAAGAUGGAAAGUUGAGCGAUCUAGCGAAGCUGAUUCCGCAGCAGCAGCUACAGAGUUUCAGGCUGAUGAAGUAGCGGGAGACAUUCCGGACAAGGAAUUAUGCGUGAUUUGUCUGAGUAGGAGAAGGGGAACCCUGUUUGGUUCUUGUGGUCAUAUAGUUUGUUGCCAUAUAUGUGCCUCUUUUGUCAAACAACAAUCUUCACCAAGAGAGGUCAUGUCUCUAUUUGGUUGUGUCUGGGGGAUGCAGGGAGCUAGGGAUGUAAAUAGUACCCCAAAUUAUCCAACUUGCAUGUACCUGCCAGAACCCGACUGUAUCCGGAAAAGCCCAACAGACCGCUAUGGGCAACCUGGCCUGGCAAUACCAAUAGCAUUUCAAAAUGACUACUUAGUUGAUAGAGAAGAUAGUGAAGGGGUAGCAACUUUGAAGAGUCCACUGAAAACAUGGAAAGUGAAGCUGAACGACUUCAUGUUUACAGAUGGUUGGCCAGAAUUUUACAAGGCUCAUGAAUUAAGUAUUUGA